UCUGAAAAGCGCAAUCAAAUGCCUGAGCGGUGCGACGAUGAAGGCAUUGCUUUUGGGCGAUCCAGGAAGACGAAGAUCAUUAUCGACGCCGAUCCAGGCAUCGAUGCAGCUAUGGCGAUCAUCAUGGCUCUUCGUUCCCCGGAAGUGGAAGUGAUUGGAAUCACAACCAUCUUUGGAAGCGCCCACACUCCCGAUGUGACAAGAAACGCUCUCCAUCUGCUUGAAGUGAUGGGAUCGACACAUGUACCAGUCGCGGAAGGAAAUAUCAAGCCUAUGGCAGGAGGAGUUCCAUACAUUCAAGACUUUGCAAAUGGCCUGGAUGGGCUUGGAAACAUUGCCACGGCAGAACCAGCCACGAAAAAAUCUGCGAUGAGUGCAUGCGACUUUCUCGUGGACACAGUCUCGAAGUAUCCAGGGGAGAUCACAAUUGUCGCACUUGGGCCGCUUACGAAUCUCUCCCAGGCGUUUCAAAAGGAGGAGUGUGUUGUGAAGCUGGUCGCUCGUGUAGUUGUGCUGGGAGGUUCCUUUUUCUCGAGUGGAAACGCGAAUCCAGCGUCAGAAGCCAAUGUAAUUUGUGAUCCAGAGGCUGCCGACAUGGUUUUCUCGUCCGGAGCUCGCAUCACCGUGAUUGGAAUCAACGUCAGCACUCAAGUCGUCUUGGAAGGGCGCGACUUGUCCAAGCUGAGUGACUCCUCAACGGAAUCUAAAAGGUCUCUGCACGAGAUGUGCAAACUCUACAGAGAAUGGCACAAGAAGUCGGAUCUCUUCGAUGGCAUAUAUGUUCAUGGCCCUACGUGUUUGGCUGCUCUGAUCGCACCAUCCUACUUUUCUUAUAAAUCCGGAGCGUUGCGGGUGGAAACUUUGGGAGUUUGUAGGGGAUACACACUGUUCGACAUGGGACUUAAGAAGUGGAACGGCCUGAAUCCGUGGGUUGGGAGGCCCCAUGUCGAUGUAGCCUGGACCGUGGACGCAUCAAAAGUUCUCGAGCUUGUCCUAGAGAGACUGAUCCAUACAGAUACUUGAAAUAAAAUCAUUCGCGAAUUAACUGUU